CUUAACUUUCAUUUGACUUGCACACACAAAAAAAGAAAAAAGAAUUCUGUUCCUUGUUUUGUUUCCUGCAACUCCAACUGACUAGGGAGUGAACAGAACAGAGUAAAUGUUUAGAUAAAGAAAAUCUGUUCAUAGUUUAAUUUAUAGAGAGACAUAUAGCUAGGAGAAGUGGAACAGAUGAGGCAUUAAUGUUUGAAUGGGCCAAUUAAUUGACACCCCCAAGUGUACGAACACACAAAAUGAGAGGUGGUUCAUUGAAAGCACAGAGAAGUUGUCGGCUUUUCAAAGAUACACUGCCCAACAAACAAUCGUCAUGAAACUACAACAAAGGUCAGUUUCAUAUAUCUUCUAAUCGCAUUUGUUAGUUUACCUAAGAGUUAGACGCCAUCUGUUUGUUUCUGCUACUUUUCCUUACUCUUUAACGACGAGGUCCUGAGGAAGAAUGAUUGAAGCUGAAGGCCAACCAAAAAGAUGAAGGAUAUGAAGAUGCAGAGCAGCCCUGAAACGAUGAUGACCAGAAUCCCCACUCCAGAUCCUCACAGUACCGGUGUACGAGAAGAUGCAAUGGACUCAGUCUGCAAACCCUGGAAGCUUUAUGAAAAUCCAUACUACUGCUCUUCUCAGUCUCAACAGCAUCAACACCAACGCAAGGCAUUUAUUUGGGAUCUGAAUUUCAUAAAGGUGUUCAUGGAAUCUGAACUAGGAAAAGCUCAAGACGAGAUCAAGGAAUUGAAGGCAGAACUGGACUAUGAGAGAAAAGCUCGAAGACGGGCAGAGCUGAUGAUCAAGAAGCUGGCUAAAGAUGUGGAGGAGGAGAGAAUGGCUAGAGAAGCGGAGGAGAUGCAAAACAAGCGGCUCUUCAAAGAGUUAUCGUCUGAGAAGUCAGAGAUGGUUCGGAUGAAACGAGAUCUUGAAGAAGAGAGACAGAUGCACAGGUUGGCAGAGGUUUUGAGAGAAGAGAGAGUUCAGAUGAAGCUGAUGGAUGCAAGGCUUUUCUUGGAGGAGAAGCUAUCUGAAUUAGAGGAAGCUAAUAGACAAGGAGAGAGGGAGAGGAAUAGGAUGAUGAAACCUAAGAUAUUGGAGAGAGCGUGUAGCUCACCGGCUAGGAGGAGGUGCGAGAAUCCGCAAAUAAAGAGAGGAAUCAAUCCGUUCCCAAGAGUGAUGAGAGCAAUAAGAUCAAAGAGUGAGAAAUGGGGUUCAAAGCUGGAGUGCCAAAAGGUUCAGCUCAAAAUUCUGCUCAGACAAAAGACCACCCCAAGAUGUACUCCUCUUCUCUCCUCUCCUCCUCCUUGAUACUGUAUGCUUGUCUUUUGUUCGCCUCGCUCAAUCUCAAUAAUUCACAUCUAAGACUGAAGAUGUACUAAUAAGAUUCUCUUUGUCUGUCCGUUAGAUAAUAUUUUAUUCACAUGGAUGUGUUAUACAUAGCAUAUAUAUUGACGUCUAUUAAAGAUGGAUUGGAAGAAAAUGAUUAUCCCAUUAUCCAAAUUUGUUAUGUUGAGUCGUCUCGGACAAGAUCAGACAAAUAUACAUAGUUUUCUGCACCUAAAGCUUUCUUCUAUCGCUGGUAUAGUUUUGAAGGA